UUAAUCUAUGGUGUGGGAAAGCGACGCAUACUAGCUGCUAUUUUCCAACAACUGGUAUAUGUGCAGGUUUUCUGAUUAUGAGAGGUGAAGUCGAUUUGGAAGCCAGCAAACCAGCAAGUUCACCCCUACAUUUUGCUGCUGGUCAUAAUGCCUACUGUAGUAAUACUAGAAAGUCACUGAACUUCAACACUCUUCACAUUUACACAUUGAGUGAAUAUGUACGUGUAGCUUCUUGCACGAACUCUGACCUUCUCGCUGGACGUGGUGUUGUCAUUCAGAAGCAUGCACGCGGUCACUGUGUCGCUGACCAAGUGACAGGGGUCGCACUGGAGUGUUCGGUGCGGUCAGCCAUCCACAGUGCCAAAGUGCGGGAGUCGGAAUUGUUGCCAACAUGCGAUAAUGUUGUGUGGACAGAGAGUCGCAGCAGCUGCAGCAGCGGUUCUGUGGUCACCCACCCAAGCAGGCAACCUUACCCGAUGACCAAUGUUGUUGACUUACAUCUUAGCUCUGCCAAUAGGGAUGGCACUGCGUGUAUAUCAGCAGCACAAGAGCAUCUCUCAGAGAGUGGCUACGGCCAUUCUUUGUUCGGAAGUGCUGCACCGCGUGAGGCAGCAGUCGAUGUUACAACGUCGGUCCCCAAGUUAGAGACACCUGGAGCUUAUCAUGUCAACGGGGCUUCAGGAAAUGAAUAUCUAGGACUUGGAAUGCAGGCUACCUGCUUGGAGUCGAGGUGGGAUGACAGAGCUGCCGUAGAAAAUGCACAGCCACAGCAGCAGACAGCCAGCCAAGCUAAUGUAGGGAACGACACCAUGGAGGACCAGAUGGCUUUGACUAGUAAUACCUGUGAGAGACAUUCUGAGCUGCUCAGCAACGUGGAUCUCUCUCUGCCGUGCGCUCACGUCUGGUCAGACUCCGAUGACGAGGAGAGUGAGAAUGUGACGGGCAGUACGACUGGGGCUGGUUCCGUUAAAGCACCUGCAGACGACGGAAAAGAACGCGAGCCUACAGCAUUCGCACACCCCAAGAAAACUGGCGAGAAAGUAACUUUGCAUGAACGCGUUGUCAUAGCGCCCGGUGAGGGUGUGCGGUAUUUACACAGCGGUGACAAUGGGGCUGACGAUCGUCCGCUAACAAGCUGCAUACCGGUGCAGCGGCUACCAGCGUCGGCACCACCUCGUGAUAGCAUAGAUGACGUUAAGUCGAACAUGAUGUUCUUAUUUAGCGACGGAGAAGAAAACAUCACUGCGAAUACUUUGUCAGGUGGCGCUGGCGCAGAUACUGCGAAACCAGGGGGCGCCUGCGCUGAGCGGGGAGUGGAUGAAGCCACACCGGAUUGGAGUGAAAUGCCUGCGUGCGAGCUUCGUGGCUCGUCCAGACACAAGCUUGCCAGACUAGACCUAGAGAAGGCAAUUUUGGCGGGAAAUCUGUGCAAGGACUGGCGCGGCCUCGCAGAGUUGAUGGGAUAUGGGCAGGACGGGCUUGAGCGAUGCGAAAUGCUGCCGAUGGGCAAAAGAACAAAGGAGCUAUUCCGUGAGUGGUCAGCGCAGCCUAACACCAGUGUUGCGGACCUACUGAGCAUGCUCACGACUUUGGGAAGAGAAGACAUUAAAACAGCUCUGCUCCCAAACAUAGAAGACGACUGGAGAUGUUGGAAGGAACAAAGAAGGGCCCCACCAGCUCAAAGAGUGGAUCCUUUCCAAGUUCACAGAGUGGAUCCUUCCCAUGGUCACAGAGUGGGUUCUUCUCAAGGUCACAGAAUGCACCCUUCACAAGAUCGCAGUCCCAUUCCAGGGAAUAAUUUUCCCGGCUCAUAUGUUGAAGGAGAUGUGGAGGAGGAAUUGAUGGAAGUGUAUGAUGUUGGAAUCAUUUGCCACCCAGACGACAACGAAGUAGCAGAGUGCCUCUCUGACUGCUUGGAGAGGGUUUUUAACUACAGUGUUUACCUGCAUCAUCGCGAUGGUCUUGCAGAUGGCAUUGAACUGAUGGAAAUGUGCAAUGCUGUCGAAAACAGGUGCAAUUCCAUAGCCGUAAUCAUGUCGCAUUCCCUGAUGAACAGCCGCUAUCAUAGAGAGUUUACUGGAUUUGCAUACUCGUUAUCUGUUGAAGAUGGCAUGAGGAAGAAGGUACUCGUGGUCUUCACGAUGCCAGAUGUGAAGAAACCUCAGCUACGAAGCGUCUACCGCAUGCUCUCUAACAUUCCACUGCGCACUACCGGCUUCAUGGAGUACGACCUUCGCCGCAUCGGCAACACCUUCUCUAAACAGCGCAUGCCACGCUCCACCUCAGAUCUGACUGUACAUACAGGAAUAGUGCCGGUGUCGUGUCCCGUGCCUACGCAGGACACCCGCCCGUUGGCUCUCACGUGUGAUACAUCCAUACAGGGCUCAACCCCCUUGGCGCUGACAUGUGAUACACGUAUGCAGGAAUCUAGUAUAGUGUCAUCUCCCACAUCUAGCCAGGGAGCAGGAAUGGCUGUAGUGCCAUACACAGCUGUGUAUGGCACGGGCAUGUCAGCUCAGGUGCGUGCCGUACCUAUGGAGGAAACAAGAAUGACAGAGGUACCUGGGUACCUACAAGAUGGUUCACUUGUAGUUACCAAUGAUGAACCACGCAAAAGUUUGUGCCAGAGACUGUGUAAUAGAAUCAGGAAUUUAGGCCAAACGUUGCGUGGCCACGAUGACAACACUUGUCGACAAAGGAGCAAGGACGAAUCUUUUGUGUUUCACACUUAGAGAUUUGAUCGUCACCGUGUCUAGCAACACUAUUUGUAAUGGCACCCAUAGCCGUGGCAGACUGGACGUGCAGGCAGGGCAGGAGGGUGUAUCCUCCCUCACUAAUGUGAUGCCAUGCGUUGUGGGUAACAGUGUGUCACUGUGUUUGCGAAUUCAUAGUAGGAACUGUGAUUGCACACAUCACUAGUGGCUGCUGCUCGCACGACGCAAGUGAAAAACCACGGGCAAAGGGAAGAUGAUACAAGACGAACAAACAACGGGAUCAAACACCAAAAAGAUGAAAUACAGAGCUUCUAUUGUAGGGUAGUUUAACCCUGUGUGUAGAUUUGUAUAUUGUUAUAUAGUAUUUUGCUUACUUUUCCAAAAUUGGUGAUAGAUAGUGAAAGCCGUAAACAGUGAAGUGGUAAAUAAUGGACAAGAGAUAAAGUACAGUUUCUCCACAGGGUUUUAUGCAGGCCAGAUUUAUAUUGAUAUAUCGGACCCAUUCACAAUCCAAAUGGAGGUGAAACUUCACAAUUUGAAUGCAGAUAUUUAUAUUAUUUACACAACUGGGCUGUGUAUUUUUGACAAUAACUACAAUUUCUUAUCAAAAUCAUGUUACUCACUAUUCAGCACUAUCACAAAAAGGCAGUGUUCAAAAUUAACAAAUGUGGUAAUUUUCUCCCAAAAUAAAUUGUCCUGAUUAAACCUAGCUCUAAUUAAGCAGUCGAGCCCAGAUUGGGGAAACGACGUGAGUGUCUCUGUGUAUGUGAGAAAAAUAAAAGAGAACGAAGGGAGAGAGACAUGGGAGGGGGGGGGUGAGCGAGAGAGAGAGAAGGGAGGAAGAAAGAGCAUGUAUACUACGUGUGAUCACUGAUGCCAUGCAAUGUAGUGCAGUAAGCUUGGUUUUAAUUAAAUGAAAUAUAUGCCACAUAUUGCCUCUAAUUUCGAAUGCUAUGUGUGACAUUAGUACACAUUUGACUAGGUGCUGAAAUUGUGAGUCAUUCUUUUAUAAUUUGUGAGGGAUUUAGGGAUAAUAUCAUAUGCGUCGUGUUAUACGUACUGCGAUGUUUGUGCCUUGCGAUAAUUAUGGUGCCAAGAAUUAUAUAAGUGAUUACAAUCAUUGACUGUGAUAGAUGUUGAUAUAACUGUGAUUUUGUGCAUUGCAUGCUGGAAAUUUUAUAUUGCAGGCCAGCAGGAGAAACGAUAUAUAGUGGAUCAGAGAUAGUGUGUAUAGGGGGAGGGUUCCUGUGAAAUGAGAGAUAUGGAGACGAGUAGUUUCUGGUUCGUAGAUGACUAGACUUGAGGAGUUCUUAGAGGGUUUCUGCAGAAAUUUAAGUUAUUUGAGAAUUGCAUAAAGUACAAAACUUUGCCACCCACCCAAUGUAAUGGCUAUGUGCUGUAAUGUUUAUUAUAAACGUGCCCCCUUUCCACACACCUGGUAGUUAGAAUAUAUAGGGUGUUGUUAAAUAUAUAGUGCCAACUAUAUAAUACAGUUAUACUGUAUACGCUGUAUAUUUCGCGGUGGUUUAAUUUUCGCUAAUUUCGCGAACGCAUCCCCGACCACGAAAA